AUGAAGACCUGGGCUCUUCUCCUCGCUCUGCUCCGGACCACGGAAGCAAUAACAUCGCUGGUAACCGUCACUGCGACAUCUCGCCAAACAACCACCCAAAUCAGCACCAGCACCUUCGCCAUCACUACCACAACCAGCACAUGUACCCUGGGCUCCCCAAAUGCAGGAUGGCCUUGUACCGCGGGGGUCUGGUCCUCGAAUUCCAAGUACUACCAAGCCGUCUGCUCUGCGAGUCUGAGUGGCGGUUCGUAUUACGCGGGGUAUAUGCAACAAGGCUACUCUGCCUGCUUGUCUCAGUGUGAGUCGCAAUCGACGAGCUGUGCAGCAGUGAGUAUACAGACAAUCAUGUUCUAUACCUAUUGUGCGUUGUGGCAAGGUGCCAUGACGGCUGUCCCGGGGCCUUCAUCGGGGCAAGUUGUCGAAAUUUAUACCACGAAUCCGUGUCUCGUUACCGUGACGAGCAUGACGACGGAGACCGCGGUCAUCACAUCCACCAUUGACUACACCAAUCUGUACACCUCUACUGUCAUUGUUGCUGUGCCGACUCCUUCAUCCAGCCCGAUGAGGUCGUCAGCCCGCGUGGUGAUCGUGUCUAGCGGGCCUCCUCAUGUCGUGUCCGCGGCUUCUGCUUCUUCGGUGAUCUCGGCGAAAGCGUCAUCGUCUGCGAUCGCCUCGAGUCCAGUACCCCGUGUCUCGCAGUCAUCAGCAGUCCGUGCGUCGAGCUUUUCCAGCAGUCUUCUGCAGCCAGCGUCGUCCUCGAUUAUACCGUCCCCAUCGACAGUCCAUCCAAGUCCCUCAAAGCCAUUGAUUCAACCAUCCCAGCCCGUCUCUAGCACAGCGCCGAUCGCGUCUUCGGCAACCCCUGUGUCUCGCGCCGCUAGCUCAUCAGCUGUCGUGAUGGCAUCCAACAGCGUGUCAAGAAGCGCAAUCGUCCCACCCCCCGCAUCCUCCAGCUCUGCAUCAAUGGCACAUGUCCCGACUGGUACCACGGCUUCCGAUGCGGGAGUUGAGUCGGUUGUGACCGUCACACUCUAUGAGACGGCGACGGCGACAUUUACCGUCGAUAGCUGCACUGUUUGA